AUGACGUUGGCGCUCCGAGUCGAGCCUCGCCCGAGCCUCGACCCCAGUGCAUUGCCACCGCCAUCGAGCUUCGUGCAGGCUGCGGGGCUCGACAGUUGUCUUAAGACUUCGCAUUCACAUGUAUCCACCUUCCACUCGUUACUUCUGGAUAUGCAACUAUAUAGCUCCUCUAUUAACACGGUCAAACGGGUCGGACUUGAUGGAAUAAUCUCUUGCCCAGUCUUCGGAGAUCAUGACAAGGUCGAAGGCAAGGUUAUUAUAGGUCCGAACUGUUCACAAAACGGUCGACUGAACAUAUCUGUAAGUCUAACUUAUACCAUGAGUUAUACACGCGUGUUUGAGUAUAUCUCUGUAAAGGAGGAUCUAGACGACGAAUCUGCCCAGGGACCUAAAGCUUCGAAAUGCAAGCACAUAUUCUUAUCGUCCUCUACUGUCAUUGCUAUUUCACCUUUCCCUGACCCGUUUACUGUUGUUUCCGACGUGUUUUGGGUGCUGAAACUUCCCAAUCACUCGAAUUUGAAUGGCCCUGCGCCUAGAUUCUGCGAAUUCAGCUUCCAAAUUCCUCGCGGCAGUCGACCAGGUGAAGAGAUGCCUCCCACCUUCUGUGCUUCGAUCCCUUGCGAUAACAGGCGAGGAGACUUGUCUAUUGUGGAGAAGGCUGAGGUGUCAUAUCACAUAAGUGCAGUGUGGGAGCCCUCAGAUAUGUCGGAGACCAGUGGGAUGCUGGAAGUUCCUAUUCUGUUUCAUCCAAACAUAGACUUUCAGUCUAAUGGACGGUUCCGACUAUCGCAGCGAUCUGUUCCAUUCCAUUGCGCGGUCACUCUGCCACGCUCGCAAACAUUUUCUCGAUGUACCUCUGUCCCAUAUUUUGUGGUAUUUACAACGAAACCUCAAUGCGCCGUACUUGCCCGAGAAAUCGCUGCCGAUGCCACCAUUGCUGUUUCCCUAGUCCGUAAAGUUACCAUAAAGCCCCAGCUACCCCCUAUUCCCCCCGAUACCACACAACUCAGUGAUUAUUCAGACAGUCUAUCUGGCCCUUUUCCGACAUCGCGAACCAAGCUACUAAAGCGUGCAGCAAAGAUGGUUGCAACUGCAGUGGUUCGCGUACCAAAGAGCCGUGAAGAGCCUUUCUCGGCCGUCCGGUACAAACCACUCCCUGAAUUACCACAAGUUUCCUUCUCGGAAACUCAUACUGUACAAACACAAGUAUCUGUUGGAUUUCCAAAGCGUCCCCGUCAUUCUAAUGACCCUGGUGGUUCUGAAUGCCAGGCGUAUCUACCCGAUGGCCUUUAUAAGGGCAAAUUCCGGUUGUCAAAGGAUAUGAUACCAGGAGUCGAUUGGCCUGGUGUUAGCGUCGAGUAUUAUUUGGACGUGACUGUUCUCUUUCAGCAGGACGCGCUAAGGGCUUGCGUUCCUAUUCGAGUUUUCUAA